UCAAUUACGCACCGCGAACACCCCACCACUUCUCAGUUCUCCUUGGUACGUAGUAGUAUCAGAAACUAGAAGUCGGAGUCGCGCUGAUCUUAACCCAAUUCACCGGAAAACGCUGCCGGAGUUCGUGCCGGCUGCCAGAAACAGUUACAAACACUCGUCCAGGUUUAUUUUUCAGUAGUAAGUAUCAAUCAAGGAUUGAAAAAUGCAGUUCUUUGGUGGUUCUGAGAUCAGUCCGUCACCGCCUGCGCCAACUGCAUCAGGAAACAAUGGUCAUAUGUUGUAUGUCUUCAAUAGGAAUGGUAUAUGCUUGCUUUAUAGAGAGUGGAAUCGUCCCUUGCAUACGUUGAAUGCUCAACAAGAUCAUAAGUUAAUGUUUGGUUUGCUCUUCUCACUCAAGUCAUUAACUGCCAAGAUGGAUCCUACUAGUGCCGAGAAAGGAAACCUUGGCGUGCCUCAGUUACCCGGUCAAGGUUGUUCAUUUCACAGUUUUCGCACUAAUACAUAUAAACUUAGUUUCAUGGAAACUCCUUCUGGAAUAAAGAUUAUCUUGGUAACUCAUCCUAGAACUGGUGAUCUUCGGGAGUCCUUAAAGUAUAUCUAUAAUUUGUAUGUUGAAUAUGUUGUCAAGAAUCCACUCUAUACACCUGGAUCUCCUAUCAGGUCUGAGCUGUUCAAUACAACUUUGGACCAGUAUGUGAGAGGCAUUGCAUAGAAGCUGAAUGGUUACAACUUACCAAUAUUGAUGAUGAACUCAUAUGUUGUAGAAUGUCUUGUUUUGCAUGAUGGUCACUGCAUUAUCGGUCACAAACUCUUAGUAACUCUUAGGAAGGCCUCAUGUUGUUUAUGUUUAUGUUAAAUGGUGUGAUAAUGUUAAUACUUUAUACAUUGGCCAAAAUUUAAACCAAAUAAGCACUUAAAUUUUA